AUGGCGGAGCCGCGGAGGGCGACGGUGCGGCUCGGGUACAGAAUAAUUAUUCUAUACCCAGGAGGAGCACGCGGUCGGCGGCCACGGAGCGCGCGUACCUCCACCGGCGUGGGCGAGGAGUUCGACGAGUCUGACAUCUGGGGCGCGCUCGCCCCGAGCGCCGCGCCGGCGCCGCGGGCCCGCCAACUCCCGGUGGCGGCGGCCGCGCGGAAGGCGGCGCCGGCGUUGGCGGGCGCCGCCGGCCGGGCCGCGCACGGGUCCCUGCCGGUGAACAUCCCGGACUGGUCCAAGAUCCUGGCCGGCGAGUACCGGGCCCACCACACGGGCUCCGCGGCCGCGGCCGGGGACGACUGGGAGGUGGACGACGGCGUCGGCGUCGGCGACGACGAGGACGCCGCCGCCGACGGCGUGAUCCCGCCGCACGAGCUCGCGUGGCGGCGGCGCGCCGCGUCGCUGUCGGUGCACGAGGGGGGCGGGGGCGUCGGCAGGACGCUCAAGGUGCGGGACGCGGUCUGGAAGCGGACCACCGGGUUCCAGGACUGACCGUGACCGUGACCGUGACCGUGACCGUGACUUGUACGGCGCCAAUUGCGGGCGCCACUGCAUAGCUAGCUGCUUCGCUUCGACGACAGAGGAUUUAGCUUUCGAUCGGGACUGCUAGUUGAUUACUGCAUCUAGGAGUAGUGCAGUUGAUGUUGGAUUUUCGUGACAUUUAACAGCGUCUUCGUUACCCUUUUGUUGUUGGGAGGAGAUCUGGGAGAGAGAGACAGGAGAGAUUCUUUGACUUGUUGUACUUGUAAGAUUGUUCAUCCGUUGAUUCGCUAGUGGAUCACAUAUAUGUUUGAACAGAA